CCUCUGCCCCCACCGCCCCGCCGCCACAAGUGCCGUCAGUCCCUCGAGACCUGUCGGCCAAAGUGCACCCGAAAAGAGAGUCUCGCGAGCCGCGCGCUGGAUUUUCCCGAACGUCGAGCGCGGAAAACUCGUGUCCGGGCCCAGCCAGCUUGCGUCCCAGGUCGGCUGUGAUGCUGUUGGACUGAAUCUGCUAUGGUCAAGAUGGACAUGAUGCAGGAGGUGAGGUCUCCGCCUCCGACUAGGCUCAUCCUGGAGCGAAUCAAAGCGGAACACGACCAGAUGGGCUCCCUCCCCUUGUUGGCCACCGCGGCCGAAAAGGCGUCGCACAGAACCCUCUGCCUGGCCGCGGAGCUGUGCGUCGUGUGCGGAGACAGAGCUUCGGGUCGGCACUAUGGCGCCGUCAGUUGUGAAGGGUGUAAGGGCUUCUUCAAGAGGUCGAUCAGGAAGCAGCUCGGCUACCAGUGCAGAGGUAGCAAGUCUUGCGAGGUGACCAAGCACCACAGGAACAGGUGCCAAUACUGCAGACUUCAGAAGUGCCUCACCAUGGGGAUGAGAAGUGAUUUGUGCAAAAUGCUUCCAGCCGUGCAGCACGAGCGCAAACCCAUCGGGGUCAAGAGUCGCGACUCGGCCUCAACCCCUUCAAGCCAGAGGGAGCAAUCGGGCUACGCGUCCAGUUCGAGCCGAUACUCGCGCGGCGUCAAGGACCUGAUGGGCCGCGCACCGCCGCCCGGCAUCAACCUGUCCGAGCUCGGCCUCAUGAGCCACCUGAUCUCUUCCAGAAAUAGUUUUGGUUUUGAUCCAACCAGACGACAGCAGUCACCCAUUAGCGCAGAUGAAGAAGCCUCCGGGGACAGCAGCGGAGGUGACAUCACAGACGCCAUGGCAAUGGCCCAGGAGAGGGAAGCUAUCACACGAGCCUUGGACACUAUGGUCCAAAAUUUAUACCACCCUGCGAACGGCUCAGAGAACGGCAUGGACGAGACGGCGGAGAUUGAAGGUCCAAUCAUUUCCGACCAGCAAAUGUCGUUUAAUCUGCAGGUGCCCAACCAGAUUCCGCCAUACUUCAACAACCACUUCAUCUGCGAGAGUGCCUCCCGGCUGCUCUUCCUCUCUGUCCACUGGGCAAGAAGCAUUCCUGCUUUCCAGAUGCUCAGCGUUGAAAACCAAAUCGAGUUGGUCCGCCACACUUGGCCUGAAUUAUUCACGCUGGGGCUGACGCAGUCUUCAGACACACUCUCCGUCCAGUCCAUCUUGUGCACCGUUCUGUCGAACCUGCAGGCCUGCCAGGACAGACUGUCACCUCAAAAAGUAAAAGAGAUUUGUCAGCUGCAGAUUUACGUUAACAUCAUGCAAAAACUGAAGCUCUCAGACCAAGAGUUCGCCUACAUGAAAGCCUUAGCCCUGUUCAGUCCUGAUGUGCCAACCUUGAGUUCAACCUCCGUGAUCUCCAGCAUUCAGGACAAAUUGGUGCUGGAAUUCAAGAGCAACUUGUCCGCCUCAGGAGAUUCAAAACGCUUCUCGCAGCUGCUUCUUCGAAUGGCGCCUCUGAAGGCUUUCCAGGCGCGCCAGCUCGAGGACAUUUUCUUCUCCGGUCUUAUUGGCUCGGUGCAAAUCGACAGCGUGAUUCCUUACAUCAUCCGCAUGGAGGACGAAUUUUUCAAUGGCCAACUCACAGGAAAUCCAAUCAACCUGACAUCCCUGAGCAGCCGCAGGUCGGCAGACAGAAGUCGGGAGGAGGAAGUGAUGGCUCAAGAUGUAGAUAACGAAGACUCGGAGUAAAACUUGUUCAUCUCUUAAUUAGUUUCACUUUUCUGACACUCACAGUGGUCUCAAGCUUGUGUAUUUUGUGAUUUCCAGUCAUUUAAGGCAACUGUUAAGUGGAUGGUAUUGUUCGACGAAAUGUAGUAUUAUUUUAAUUUAUGAAUUCAUACAAAAACUUGCAGGAGCGGUUUGCGCACGGUGCAAUUCAAAACAGUUGUCUAGUCUGUGUGCAGGUAUUUUAAAAAGUAAUGCGAAAACCACAACAUAUAUUAUAUGUGUGUAUCAUACUUAAAAACGCAAACGCAGCCACAAAUGUCCAUGUGCCUUGCAAAUUAUGAGAACUCUUCCAUUGUACACAGUUUGCAAAAUUAUUUUUGGCACAACCAAAUAGCAAAAAUUAGCAGAAGUCGAUAUUUUAGCCCCGUGGAGCAUUAUAGACGUGCAGUUGGAAAGCAGUGUAGCAUUUAAAUAUGUGAAGAACUUUACAAAUAUUUUGGUACUCUCGUGUUAUAUAAAGUUAACAAAAGUAAUGAGAAGUCGUGAUUCUAGCGGAACAUAAUGUAAUGUGUCCAGAUAACUGUAAUAUAAAACUGAAAAUAAAAUUGGUGAUUUAUUCAAAA